AUGCCAUAUUUUACCCCUUUCCCUGCUGCAUUCCCACCCAAUCCCCCUCCUUCCCAUCUUGAGACACCCCUAUCCCCCCUUUGCUAUCCGUGUUGGCAGUUUUUGCCCGUCGGCGGCAACGACUCAAACGGCCAAGCGCUCUCUCAAGCCCCUCGGCGCUCGGCGCGCCGCCGCCCUCUCUCUACGGAGGCCAACCCACCCCAACAACAACCAACGCGAGAUCGAGAGCCCCCGCCCCCGCCGCCGCGCCCGCCCCCUCCCACGCCUUACAAGAGUGGACCGUUCGUCGAUAGCGGAGGCGGCGGCGGCAUCGAAGCCCGGGGUGAUGCGGCCGCUGCUACGGCUGCAACGGGGGUGACGGUGGGCACGACCGGCGGCACCGACGGGGGAGGCGAGAACCCUGUCGACCUGCUAUUUCAGCCCUGCGAUGACCAUCUCGAAAAUGGCGGCAGCAACCCUGCUGCUGCUGCUGGUGCUGUUGGGAGUGUUGGGACCUCUUUGGACGAUGCCUGGAAAAUCAACGACAGCAACAGCAGCGAUGCAGGAGGGCUGCUGAGGACGCCGGCGGACUCCACCGCUCCACUGAAUGAUGGCGUAGGGGCGGGGGCGCAAAAUUCUCCAGAAAGUCAGCCUGAGGCAGCGCGCCCGGGGGAUGAGAGGGCGCACAAGAUUUGGGUUACUGGGGACGGCGUUGGCGACAGCGUCUCAGAGCACGAGUGGGCGGAAAGGGCGUCAGGCUCGGGAAAAGAGGACACCGCCGUCAUUCAGUUUCAUUCCCUUAAGGAGGCCGCGCUCCGCCGCUUUGAGGGCUUCGGGGUGAUCAAAGAGGACAAGGCGGAAGACAUCCACACGCUGGUGGAGAGCUUCACAGCCCCCGCGCUUGCGGCCGCUCUGCGCGACCGAGAGACCGCCCUCCAUAUGUGCGCCCAUCUGCUGGAGCAGGGAGAUCUGUCCGGUGUCCGGAAGGUCCUCCUCCCCUUCACGGCGAAGCAGGUGGCUGAGAGCCGCCGGGCCUUGGGUCGGCUGGACCUCGAGCCCGAGGGCUUCACGAAGACCCACAUGUACGCGCUCCGGAAGGUGCUCCAGCGGCUGCCGCGCCAUGUCACCACGCUCACCGAGCAGAGGGCUUCCGUGAUGGUCCCGCUGUGCAACGUAGACGGGGUGGCGUCCGUGCUCUUCACCAAGCGCUCGGGUAACCUCAGGGCCUACAAGAACGACGUCUGCUUCCCUGGUGGCAAGGUUGACAUCGGCCAGGAUCAACACAUCAUCCAGACGGCUGUGAGGGAGAUGGGGGAGGAGAUUGGCAUUCUUGAGUCUUCGGUUGACGUGCUCGGAGUUCUUCGCUGCGACUGGUCCGAGGUGGCUUCCCUGAUCGGCGUCGCGGUCACCCCCGUGGUGGGCUUCUUGGGAAACCUUUCUCUGGAGCAGAUUCAUCCUAACCCCGACGAGGUUUCACAUUGUUUUACGAUUCCCGUUCGUUUCCUGCUGCAAGAGGACAGGUGGCAAGUGAACAAGUACGCGGCGCCCGCGUUUGUUGGCGGUCCGUACCAGAUCUGGGGGCUGACGGGGUACAUCUUGCGUCGCCUGGUCAACGACGUCUUACGCCAGCACCUGGCCGUCAUAUAGUCUUGGCCCUACUACCACCAGGGAAAAAAACUUUCAAAUCCUCACGGCGCCGUCGAGCGUGCGGGUCGAGGAGAAAUCGGUUGGUUUCUACGCAGCGGUUGCUGUUGUACUCUUAACUGCUUGGGUUUUCUUGAUGAAGCAGCUGUAGGGGGGGUUUCCCCGCAUGCCGGGAUAUUGCCACGUAGAACCACGUGCCACAACGAAGUAGUUAAGGCGAAGGCUGGUCGACCCCCCGCAAUAAGCCCUGCGUGGGCGUAUUUUUUGUAGACUUCCCGCGUGUAGAAGACCCUCGACUCAAUACAACCGAGCACUAGCGCCCGUGGCGGCGAUGCGACGCCAUUCAAUACAAGCACGAGUCAAGCGGUGGUCUGUACCGCGUUGGUUCCUUGUUGACCGCCCUUGCGUUGCGUCCACUCACUCGGUUUGUCUUGAUGCCUCUCGAUGGAUGCGAGGGCUCCCCGAAUAGAGAAACACGUGCACCCUACAUUCUGUGUGGUGCAUGUGCACUCCGGGAGGGAAGGUAGACCGCCGUAUUUGCUUUCGUCUGUGCUGCUGUCUCGUGUAAAUGGUGGUGGCGUUGCAGAAGCGCUAGGCUGGUUGCGGCAGGUGGCGAUUUUAGGGCACCUCUGGUGGGAAAGAAGCGACACAGCAAGAGCGACUAUCUUAGGUGUUUUCUUGAUCGAACGGUACUUCAAGAGUCCGAAGGCGCUCUCUAGUUAGACUGUUUGCGGGUGUGUUUUGGCAGUGUUGAGAUCUCCGGGCAAGGUUGGGUUCAUGGUGGUGCAGAACCCAAAAGUAUGUGGACGUCAGUGUCUCGGACGCUACGAUCUAAAUAAUGUCGGACGCUUCUUCGAUUAGAGCCGGCAGCCUGUGUUGGACUCAGGUGCCUGGUUGAGACCAGUGUUGAUGUGAUUGCCUAGAUUAUUGUUGCAUGAUUUAUUGGGGCUUGUAGAGAGCAGCUAGUACAUACGUGGUACUGCUACUUGGAGGGUAGGCGUGGUCCUACGGGCAGUCCCCGGCAGAGGAGGGGAAGGGGAAGUGCGCGACCCUUCCCCAGAUAGAAUAUUUGUCGGGUCGACGAAAUGGAGUUAAAUUUGUUUACCUUACAUAGAACACCAAUUUUGGAACUUUACCGUUCGUUUUUUGUGUGUAAUCGCAUCCACCGGUGUGAGCAGGGCUCACCG